AAGAUUGAUUGAUUCUGUAACCUUCCUUACCAUUAAAACUCUUUCUUCUUUGAAUGGAAAAAAAUCUUUUUUUUUAUAUUGGUUCUUCAUCAAUGUUUCGUUGAAAUCAUGUCUGUUAAAUUGUGUAGCUGAGUCCAGGGUCCUUUGAGCUGUUUUUCUAAUAUCAGAAAAGGCAGGUGGAGUUUGAUGAAAAUGGAAGCUGUUGUUGCUGAUCAUAAACGCAAUGGUCGAAUGGAGACUAAACCGGAGAAGGAGAAACCGGUUAAGCCAACAAGUCCGAGCAGUGGUUCAGACGUAGAAGAAGAAGAAGAAGAAGAGAGGAGCGUGGGAUCUCUUAAGCGAGUGUCUAACAAGAAACGGAAACGGUCUAUUGCUGAUGAAGGUAGAGCGGCUAAGACCAAACCUUCUAGAGAGAAGAGAGAUACAAAGAAACGCAAAGAAAAAGGAAAUGGUGAUGAUGAGGAGAAGAAACCGAAGCAGAGAAGCUCUGUGAAAAGAAGAGCUAAAACGAAGAAAGAAGACAAGGAACGUGAACAAGAACUGAAACUAGUUCCUUUCAUCGAGCCAACGGGUUCAUGUUCACAUUCUGAGUCAGAUUCUCAUGUGAAAAACGAUAAAUUCAAUGACUGUAGAAGCAUGACAAGGAGUUUAAGGGCGGAUUUGGGAGAGCUAGCGAUAUGCCAUCAAUGCUUUAAAGGAGAAAAAAGAUUUCUUUUCAUCUGCAUUUUCUGCGAAGAGAAAAUUUAUUGUUUCCCAUGUAUCAAGAAAUGGUAUCCUCACUUGUCACAUGAUGAUGUCAUAGAGAAAUGUCCUUUUUGCCGUGGAACUUGCAACUGUGACGUAUGUUUGCAGUCAAGUGGUUUAAUCGAGACAUCAAAGAGGAAGCUCGGUGACCACGAAAGAUUUCAUCAUCUCCAGUACUUGAUUGGAUCAAUGCUUCCUUUCCUGAAAAAUCUAUGCAAAGCGCAAGAAGAAGAGAUUGAAACCGAGGCAAAGAUUCAAGGGUUAAUGACUUCCCAAGUUUAUGUAUCCGAGACUCUAUGCUCGAAUGAAGAGAGAGUCUUUUGUAACCACUGUGCAACCUCAAUCGUUGACUUGCAUCGAAGCUGUCCAAAAUGCUCUUACGAACUCUGUCUCAGCUGUUGCCAAGAGAUCCGUGGAGGUUUGUUUUCAGAACGUCCGGAAAUGAAACUAGAUUUUGUUUAUAGAGGCAGCAGAUAUAUACAUGGAGAAGAUGCAGAACCUAGCUCUUCCUCUGUUCUUGAAGACGAAGCUGAUGAUAAACCGUCCAUCAAGUGGACUGCUGAUGAAAAUGGAAGCAUAGCGUGUGCUUCAAAAGAGCUUGGCGGUUGCGGUGACUGUGUUCUGGAGCUGAAACGUAUCCUACCGUUGACUUGGAUGUCAGAUUUGGAGAAAAGGGCAGAGACGUUCUUAACAUCAUGUACCAUCAAUUCUCUGACAGUCUCAAACUGCAGAUGUUCUUCUGAUCUGGAGAUGAAUACGAUGAGGAAAGCAGCUUCCAGGAACGACGGCUCCAACGACAACAACCUCUACUGUCCUGAUUCUUUCGACGUCCUUAACCAAGAGGAGCUUCUCCAUUUCCAAGACCACUGGCGCAAAGGCGAGCCGGUGAUCGUCAGAAACGCUCUAAGCAACACAGCGGGUUUGAGCUGGGAGCCAAAGGUGAUGUGGAGAGCUUUAUGCGAGGACGACGAUGCCAAGACGUCUGACGUCAAAGCUAUCGACUCUUUAGCCAACUGCGAGGUGAAGAUCAAGACUCGAGACUUCUUCCAAGGAUACAUCAAAGGGAGAUCGUACGGCAACCUGUGGCCCGAGAUGCUGAAGCUGAAAGACUGGCCUCCUUCGGACAAGUUCGACAACCUUUUGCCACGUCACUGCGACGAGUUCAUCUCUGCGUUGCCUUUCCAAGAGUACAGUGAUCCUAGAUCAGGAGUUCUCAACAUCGCCACUAAGCUUCCCGAAGGUGUUCUUAAACCUGAUCUUGGUCCUAAGACUUACAUUGCGUAUGGGAAUGGAGAUGAGCUUGGAAGAGGCGAUUCGGUCACUAAGCUUCAUUGUGAUAUGUCAGAUGCGGUUAAUAUUCUGAUGCAUACGGCUGAAGUAACACUAACCGAGGAUCAGCUCUCUGCGAUAGAAGCUCUGAAGAAGAAACACAAGCAACAAGAUGAAAAGGAGCUUCAAGAUCAUAAUGAUGUAGGCAGAGGAGAGAUUGUUGAUGAUGAGAAUGGGUUUCUUCAUGAUGAAACAGGGAGUGCGCUUUGGGACAUAUUUAGAAGAGAAGAUGUUCCAAAGCUUGAAGAGUAUUUAAGAAAGCAUUGCAGAGAGUUCAGGCAUACUUAUUGUUCUCCUGUGACUAAGGUUUAUCAUCCGAUUCAUGACCAAACGUUAUUCUUAACCGUGGAGCAUAAGAGAAAACUCAAGGCCGAGUUUGGGAUUGAGCCAUGGACAUUUAUGCAAAAGCUAGGAGAAGCUGUGUUUAUUCCUGCUGGUUGUCCCCAUCAAGUUCGGAAUCUCAAGUCUUGCACAAAGGUAGCUGUUGAUUUUGUAUCACCAGAGAACAUUCAUGAGUGUCUACGUUUGACUGAAGAGUUUAGACAACUCCCUAAGAACCAUAAAGCCAGAGAAGAUAAACUUGAGAUAAAGAAGAUGGUGAUCUACGCCGUGGAACAAUCCUUGAAGGAAGUGGAGAUGUUAUUGCCAGAUCUAAGCUAAAGCUAAAAGAAACUUAAUCUUUUGUUGUGACAUUGUCCUAAAACUCGGAAUAUCAGGUCUUGUAGAUUGUACAGCCUUGCAUGGCCUCCUUUUUUGGGUGUAACUUUUUGGAACAUGGAAGCCAUUCUUUUUCGGUAUAUGAAAAUGAAAAGUUACUAAUGUGCUUUGCA